AUGAUAGCCAAUCAUAAAGUAUACCGCAUCCUGGUCGAUACUGGGAGCUCAGCCGACAUCCUAUACUCCGUGGCAUUCAAUAAGAUGGGUAUCAAUAGGUCAAGCCUCCGACCUAUAAAAACCCCGCUGCAUGGCUUCACAAGCGACAAAGUUAUUUUAGAGGGAGCGAUUUCUCUCCCAGUCACUACAAGAGAAGGUCAGAACCAAAUUACUCUACUGGUAGACUUCUUGGUUGUAAAUGCACCGUUGACUCAUAAUGUUAUCAUUGGGCAACCAUCUCUUAACACCAUGAGGGCGGUAGUAUCCACGUACCACCUGAUGAUGAAGUUCCUUGUUGUUGGGAGAGUCGGCUAUGUCAGAGGCGACCAGCGAGAGGCUCGGCAAUGUUAUUCCAUAACGGUUAGUAAGGGCUCAGCAAAACAAGCCUUUACAAUUGAUAUGCUUGACCCCAGAGAGAACAUCUUAGUGGAGAGUUCCCCCAUGGAGGACCUCCUGACCUUCCCGCUCGAUGGCGUCAAUCCAACCAGAACAGUCCAACUUCGAUCAUCAUUGAGUGCCGAGCAGUGGGACCAGAUGCUGAAUUUUCUGCGACAGCAUAAAGAUGUCUUCGCAUGGUCUCACCAAGACAUGUCGGGCAUCGCCUCAGAAGUCAUGGUCCAUAAACUGAAUGUAGAUCUGGAGCAUAAGCUAGUCAUGCAAAAAAGGAGGGCUUUUGAACUGGACAGGUAUGCGACAAUUGCUGAGGAGGUUGCCAAACUCGUCGACAUCGGCUUCAUAGAAGAGGUCCACUACCCUAAUUGGAUUGCCAACGUUGUACUCGUCAAAAAAGCCAAUGGAAAAUGGCGGGUGUGCAUAGAUUAUUCCAACCUUAAUAAGGCUUGCCCCAAGGAUGGCUUCCCCAUCUCAAGGAUCGACCAAUUGAUUAAUAGCACAGCCGGGCACGAGCUCCUAACAUUCAUGGAUGCAUAUUUUGGCUAUAGUCAGAUAGCUAUGCACUCCUCGGAUAAAUGCACUCCUCGGAUAAACAUAAAAUGGCUUUCAUCACAGAUAAGGGACUCUACUACUGCUGGAUCAUGCCAUUCGAGUUGA